AAGCUAAGAAUGAGUGAAGAGGAACUAGGUACUUUCUCAAUGAUGGAUCCUUUGGAUAUGAUAGAUCCUUGGGAUAUGAUAGACUGGGAUGCGGAUAGAAGGAAUAUGGUAGAGCAGUGUGCCAUUGACGUGGGUGGCAAUCAACCACCUCAGCCCAAGCCGCAGCCGGAUGUAAGGGAGAUUACAGUAGCUCAGUUUUUCAGUGACACGUGUGGUAAUCCUCAGUUCGAUAUGGUUCUUGCUGAGUGUUUGCCAGAACCUCAGCCUCAGCCUCAGCCUCAGCCUCAGUCCCACCCUCAUCCUCAGCAGUUUCAGCAGUUUCUUGCUGAUUGUGGUUAUCAACUACCUGAGUCUCAGCUUCAGCUCCAACCUAUGCAACCUCAGGUCUGGACUUGGGAGGAGAACAAAGCCUUUGAGUCAGUUAUUACCAAUUGUUUUGAGUAUGCUAAACGCAAUUCCUGGGAGCUCAUUGCUGCUCGUCUCCCUGGAAAGACCCCGGCUCAACUGCAAGAACGCUUCAAGAAGCUGAUGAAGGACAUCAAUGUCAUCCAUAACGGUUAUACUUCAAACACUCCUCUGAAUACUGCAUCUGAGAACAUGACUAUGAUAAUGGCUGCUCCUAUCACCACAUUGGAACACAACCCUGUCUCCGUCCCCAUCAUCAAUGCAACAACAACAACCCCACCACCACCGCCUUAUAACACUGAUCAUCAACAUCACAGGGCGGAGGUAGUCGCGGCCGCAGCACCAAUGGAGGCAGCAACAAGGGAACAAAGCCAAUCUGCUAACACCAACAAUACAAAGAAAUAUUCUCGGUGGACUGAAGAUGAGCAUAGAUUAUUUGUUAGAGGCUACCAAGCAGAAGGUACAAAUUGGUCAAGAAUUUCAAAAUAUUAUGUCAAAACAAGAACUUAUCAUCAAAUUAGCAGUCAUGCUCAGAAAUAUUUUAGACAUAAAGAAAGAUUAGCUAAAGGAGAAAAGUUAAGAAAAAGCAUUUAUGAUGUAAUUUGAUCAUUGAAUUGUACCCUAAUCCAAAGUUUUUAAUAGAUGGAGGAUUUGCUUAAAGGAGGAAGAACAUGUAAAUGUACUAAAGAUUUUUAUUUAGGUUGAAAAAUGAAAAUAUAGGAACAAUGAGGUAGGAAUAUAAGACUUGUCUG